AUGGAUGCCAGUGUCUUUGAGGGGGAUGCACAUCUAGAACAACUGAUGACAUAUUUCGAUACAGUGGUAGCUUCCAAAAACUUGGGGCAACAUCUUCAAGAUGUCUUUGGUGACGAUGACAAAAUGGACAAGGCCAUCUUCCACUAUGUCCUAGAUGGUGCUUCGAUCCCAGCCAGCAAAGCGCCCCUCAACCUGAUUCCAGUUGAUUCCAUGGAAGAAUUCUGGCUUCCCUUGAACAAGUUCAAUUUUGGACCUGACUCCAAAAAUGGAUUCUACCCAUCCAACCAGCAGUAUGCCGCCCACUUUGGUGAGUUCCUCCUGCGUGGAUACAAACCAGCGAUGGGCACCAUCGACUGCAAGUUUCCAUUCAGAGAUUCUACCCGUGCGAUCAAGGAUGGGAGUGUGGGAAUCGUUGACGGUUUCACAAAGGUUCUCAUAAUGCUGGCGAUAGUGGGAUUCUUAGUGGAGCUUGAGGUGAACCGGGAUGAUCUCAAUGGAACAAGGUUGGGGGAGAGCCUCAAAUCGUUUGCAGCAAUCCGAUGCACAUACCAGCACUAUGACAACCCAAGCCAUCACUUUUUGCUUUCUUUGAAACUGGGGUACGUUACAGCUGAAAAGAUCUCGCCGAGCCCAAUCAGUAUGCUUGCUGACAUCCAGCAAGCCAUCAACAUAGAGCGCAAAAUGAACAAGUCAAACAAGGCUUUGAAGGACAUCAUGGCUCGUGUGGUAUCAGACUACAACAAGAUGGUGUCGAUCAAACGACACAAGAUCGAUGGGGCCAGACGCAAUUUGAUCUACAACCUGCUGCGACUUCCUCAAGCCUGCCUGGACUUGCUGCACAAGCAUUAUGAUGGCUAUCGUCACGAACAGUCAGGACUACCCCAUGACGUGCUGACACAUGAUUUUUUCGUUCCUGGUUCCACCACGCGGAAAGACUGUGAUAUCUACAAGGGGAAGGAGCUGUUUUCCACUAUCUUGACAACCUCCCCAGAGACAUGUGCGACCUACUUCAAGAGGGCCAUUGAGGAUUUCUGUCGAAGAGCAGGGCAAUCGGCCACUGUGAAGAAGAAGAAACAAAGCCAAAUCUCCGAAGAUGAGCACUUUCUGCUCCACGACGUUUGCUGCCUGUGGCUCUGGGUCAAGCAGAAGAUGGCAGAGUCUUUUACUGUGACCGAGGUUGAGAAACACCAGGAAUUGUUUGACAAGGGGCAUUUGGAUUCGGACCUGAGUGCCAUUCUCAAGUCUGGAGAGCCCCCCGUGUUUGAACGGAUCCCCUUUAUUUUGGAGGCCCAAGGGAAGAUGAUGAUCGACUAUGUGGCCAGCCACCAGGAUCGUUCAAAGAAUGCGCUGUUGAAAUCAAUCGAGGCAACAUACUUAGCGUGGGUGGAGGACUUGAGAGCUGAUGAGGCCCAAUUCGUCAGUGAUAGGAUCCUGAUGGAAAAAGAGGGGCAGAAAACAAGGAACCGCUUGAUCAAGCAGUUGGAGGAUUGCCACAACCGCGCCUGGGAAGCAGUGGCCGAGUUCAUGGGGCAGAACCUGGCGGUUUUUGCUGGCAAGGUGGCAGAGGGUGAGUCCACGGUCAUGCCCAAGAGCAGGUCAUGGCUAAGAGAGACAAUCCAGGAGAAUGCCAACUCACAGGAUGUUCCGGGAUCG